AUGUGGCGAUUCCUGAUGCUGCUCGCGGCAAUUGGUGGCCAUUGUCGCACAUGGGCUGUUAAGCUGGAGUUUGCUCUAAACGAGGGGCAUGCCUGUCCUGAAAUGCCCAACUAUCCGGAGAGCACCUGCAGGAGGGAGUGCUCCGUGGUAAUCCAGAGCCACAUGCUCCGCAACACGCUGACGCACGACAGUGUGGUGCACUGCAAUGUGGCCGAGGAGCUCGUCUGCUGCCCCAACCAUCCGCCCCAGCACCCAUUCUCCCACCAGCUGCAGGCACUCACUCACGCCGCAGCAGAUUCCGAUCCCCAGCCGGAUGCCCAGCAGAUGUAUCCCCACAUGGCAUCGCUGCGCUAUCUACAUCCCGUCACCCUGGACUCGUAUAUAUACCGAUGUGCCGCUGUGGUCGUCAAGCCAAACUUUGUGCUGACCUCGGCCUAUUGCGCCGGCUGGGAAGACAUCAUCCAGCAGCCAAACCGUGUGCGCCUGGGUCUGGUGCCUCCUUUCCAGGAGCAGCUGGCCAUUAACGGCAGCUACAACUACAACAGCGAUCUUGUCCUGUUGCGGCUAACCCGCACCUACAGCAGUGAAGCGCUGGCCAAGAUCUGCAGCCAGCAGGAUUGGGACAGCUCCCGCAAGCUGAUGGCCGUGGGCUUUGCCCAACGCAAUGGUGUCAACUGCGAGUGGUUCGCACAGGAGGUGUCCUUGCGAGCAUUUGGCACAUGCAACAUUACCGUUUGGUCGCGGAUGCGCAGCGUGCAAGACCAGACCCACUUUUGUGUCCAGCCCAUCCACAUGCCGGUCACAUCGAGAUCGGGUGCCUGUGUCCGCUGCCUGCGUGCCGGCGCCAGUGUCCUUCAUGCGAUCCACGCCGAUGGGAGUGCAUGUGUGGCCGGAGUUGCCACGCCCACCGGCGGCAAGUGCUACAGAUCCGGAAACGCGAGUCUGUACUACACCAGUCUGGUCAACGGACACGUGCUGGACUUUAUCAACGGCAGUCAUUGA